AUGCGCCAAAACAUGUCGAGUGACCAGACCAAAACAGAAACGCAAGCCAAUCGGCCCAGCCCAGCCAGCCCACACAGAAGAGACGACAAAGGCAAGGGGAAGGGGAGGACAAACACACCAAAAGCCGCCCGCACCCCCCGCAACCGCAUCCGGGGCCGGGGCGUCGGGGACGGAGACCUGAGGCCUCCGCCUGCCUGUCUGAAAUACGUUCUAGUACAGAACCAGAACAAAGGGAGGGGGACAGCCCCCGCGGGGUCCGAGACAUACAUACAACAUCGGGGCGGAGGCGGGGUCCUGCUCCCCCGGCCGCCGCAGUCUGCGGUGCCGCAUGGCCGCAGGGAUAAGGCAUCAUGGGGGCUUGCUUUUGCAUAUUCCCCCGGUGCGGGCCGAAGGGGAAAAAAGAAAUGUGUGCGGGGAGGGGCCCGCGUGCAUGGUGCCGAGCCGGCCUGGUCCCCGGUCUUUCGGCCCCGCUUGGUUAUGCCGGUACGGAGGCCCGGUGGGUCGUUGCCGCUGGUGGUGAACUGCCGCCGCCUUGGCCUCCCUGCUCUGAGCUGUCCGGCUUGCAUUGUGUCUUGCCUUGAUGUAGUCUCGAACUGCUUGUCAUUGUAG